AUGGACAAGAUGAGCAGCAGAGAGAUGGAGCGCUGCGUAAUAUAUAUCAAGGGCUCCAAAGCAAGGCCUGCCCGUUCGCUAUACCAACGAAACAACGAGUCGAUUCCCUAUUUCAUCUACGCUCACAUGCCCGGCGGUCCACACCCUCCUCUAUCUGUCGUUGCCUCAUGGCCGGCUCCGAACUAUGUCAAUCCUGAAGGGAGAGGCAGGGUGACGACCAUAAUCGCAGGUGUCCUGUCACCAAUUACCUUUUUCGUUAUAUUCGCAAGAAUCUGGGUCCGAUUCUAUCUACAGCGAAAUCCUGGCUGGGAUGAUUGGCUUAUGGUAGUUGCCCUUCCAUUAAUCAUUGCCUUAGCCAUCCUUGUACCAUAUACGGCAGACGCGUAUCACAGCGGGGUACACAUAUGGGAUGUCGAUCUCACCUUAUUCACAAUACAGAGGAAGCUCAUAUUAGCGAUAGAGACGCUCGUCAUCCUCGUUGGAGGACUCGUCAAAGUCUCUAUCCUACUCUUCUUUCGUCGUCUGGGUUCACGCGGUGUCUCGAAAGCCUUUCGGAUUGUUACCUGGACUGCAAUUGGGGUCCAAAUCACAUCCACUUUCGCUUUCCUCCUCUGUUUCUUUUUGGUCUGUCGCCCUAUGUCUGCUUAUUGGGAGCAGUCAGAUAUCAUGAAGAUAGCAGAAGGUGUGAAGUUUAAUUGCUACGACGAGGGCGCUGCCGUAGUCGCUGCCGGCGUGAUUUCCACAGUGCAGGACGUGAUUACCGCUCUGUUGCCAAACUUCAUAUACUGGAACGCACAAAUCCCGAUUCGCCAAAAAGUGGCUCUGAUGGCAAUAUUUGCUACCGCUUAUGGGGCUGCCGCCUUUGGGGCAUUACGAACGCACGCAACCUGGGUCCUGUUCUAUGAGACCUACGAUGUCUCCUGGCAGCUCUGGGAAGUCUGGAAUUGGACACUUCUUGAGGCUCACAUCGGCGUCAUCUGUGCCAAUGCACCAGCGCUCAAGACCUUCGUGAAAAAGUACCUCGAACCCAUCAAGUCUGUUGCAUCGAAACCUCGGGCACGGUUUUCGCCAGCCAAAUCCUCGCAUGCACAAUCGUCGCAGACUGGAAGCAAAGCGGAAAGCGGUCCGUCAAGGAAGUCCAAGAAGUUGUGGAGAAAUCCUUAUGGACAACAUGGGUACUUCUCCCAGCCGACGAGGAUGACACAGCGGUCCAAUGAUGAAGAGCUCUUCGGAUGCGAAGGGAUAAGAGGACUCUCAUCAGACACCAAUCAAGGCUCAACCUACAGUGAUCGACAAUCUGCGAAAGACGACAUUGAACUGGGCUUAGCCCCGCCUAUCACGACCUACUUAGCCCCGCCUUCCGAGCUCUACCGAGGGAGUCUGGGAAGUGUGGGCAUGGUGUCAGUAUAUAUGUACGACCAGAACGAAGGAGAUGGGACGAGUGGCGGCAUAAGAUACAUGGGAGCUAGGUUAUAG